AAGAAUCGCAGACCUCGAAAUCAUCUAGCUAGGUCGUCGGGCUAAUCGAAGUUGGGCACCACCGUUUAUUCACUGAAUGGACUCCACCACCAACCAAUUCGCCGGCGCCGCCGCUGGCGCGUCAUCGGCGAACACGGCACCGCUGCCGGCCAUGCUCGCUGACGCCCUUAUCGGCGCCGGAGCCGGAGGAGGAGAUGGGGACCCCAGCGCCGCUCUCCAACGGCUGGCGGCCCUCGGCGAUCGCAUGGCUGCUGUCCGGCGCCUCCUCGUCGCCUCCAUUUCUGGGGAAUCGCAGCCCCUCUCCUCCUCGGAUAUUCAGUCCGUGUCCUCCGAGAUCUCAUCUGCCGCUCACCUCGUCGUCCUCAACGCCGCCUCCCUCCUUUCUUCCUCCCUCCCUUUUCCCGCCCCAUCUGCCACUCCUGCCCCUCCCGCUCCUAUCCAAGAGCUUCCCGCCGCGGCCUCCACCGCCGAUGUGCUUCCCCAAGAAGCUACCAAGGGCUACGAUGUCGUGGAGCUCGAUGCCGACGAGCUGCUCGCGGAGCAUGUCCACUUCUGCAAUAUCUGCGGCAAGGGCUUCCGCCGCGACGCCAACCUCAGGAUGCACAUGCGCGCACACGGCGACCGAUUCAAGACCCUGGACGCGCUCUCCCGGCCCGGUCAGGCAAAGCCAGCUGAUGGCCGCGAUGUGCGCUUUUCCUGUCCUUUCACGGGGUGCAACCGGAACCGUGCGCACCGCCGCUUCCGGCCGCUCAAGUCAGCGGUGUGCGCGCGCAACCACUUCCGCCGCAGCCACUGCCCCAAACUCUACGCGUGUGAGCGCUGCGGUGGCAAGAAGCGUUUUGCUGUUCUUGCCGAUCUCCGCGGCCACCUCCGCCACUGCGGUGAGGAGGCACAGUGGCGCUGCUCCUGCGGCACCACUUUCUCCCGCAAGGACAAGCUGUUCGGCCAUCUCGCCCUCUUUGAAGGCCAUAUGCCAGCCAUGUCCCCUCCGAACAAGGAUGCAGUGACAACGACUACAGAGGCACCCCUUGAUAUAAUGGAUGAAGGAGGAAUCGAAGAGCAGGAAGAUGGCGGUGAAGGUGGUUUUGAUCCGGAGUUCUUCAAGGAGUGGAUGGAGGAGCUCAAAGAUGAUGGCGUGCCUGCUGGUGGCACAGUCUGGCCUGGACGGGCAGCAGCUGGGCAAUAGCCUGUGUUGCAAGUUCUGUUUGGGUAUAUUAUGAUCUGAUUAUCAACCUCCAAUGCUGUCUUUUAGGUGUAUGGUAACAGCCGCAAGGGGCAUUGGCUGCCAAAGUGACUGAGAGAGCGGUGGGGAGAUGCUUCUGAAGAACAACACAGAGGUUUCUAACAAGAGCAGUGGGGGCAUGCCCUUGUUUGUAUGGCACAGUAGUAGUCUGGAAUCACUUUGCCAAUCUCCUUGUCGCUCCCUCACUAUUCUGUACCUAUUGUCAUGUUGGCAGAAGUACAUCCCAGAUGUUGGUUAUUCGCUUGCGAGGUUGCAAUGCUCUCUUUCUAUCCCAACUGGUGCAAAUAAUAUCCGGAAAAAGGGUGGAUUCGGAGGCACCGAAUAA